CUCUCCUUAGUAUAUUUUGGGCAAUCACGCGCGGUUCUCGCUCCAUCUCUCUCAGUCGCGAGCCUUCCACAAAACCGCCGCCAAUAUCUCUCGUCGUCGUACGCCACAAACAAGAUGGUGCUAUCAGAGGAGGAAAUUACCAGGCUUUUCAGAAUUCGAAAAACUGUGUUACAAAUGCUAAAAGACCGAAGCUAUUUUGUUGGAGACUUUGAGAUUGACAUGUCAAGAGAGCAAUUUAAGCAUAAAUAUGGUGAAAACAUGAAAAGAGAAGAUAUUGUUAUCAAUAAAGCCAGGAGAAAUGAUAGCUCUGAUCAGAUAUAUGUUUUCUUUCCAGAAGAACAGAAGGUUGGGGUAAAGACGAUGAAAACUUAUACCAAUCGCAUGAAAUCGGAGAAUGUCUUUAGAGCAAUAUUGGUCGUCCAACAAAAUUUGACUCCCUUCGCUCGUACUUGUAUAAGUGAAAUAUCUUCUAAAUUCCACCUGGAAGUUUUCCAGGAAGCUGAAUUGCUAGUUAACAUUAAAGAUCACGUUCUUGUUCCCGAGCACCAGUUACUUACCAAUGAAGAGAAGAAGACCCUGCUGGAGAGAUAUACCGUGAAAGAAACACAGCUACCGCGCAUACAGGUGACCGACCCGGUUGCAAGAUAUUACGGGCUAAAGCGUGGGCAAGUUGUGAAGAUCAUCAGGCCAAGUGAGACGGCAGGAAGAUAUGUAACUUACAGAUAUGUUGUUUGAGUAUAAUUAUUAUUUUGCAACUGAAGAAGAAGAUGUGAUAUAUAAAAUAAUACACAUUGAAGUUAUUUUUCUAGCCUUAAUUGGAGUUUCUAGUUGUGAUAUCUGAGUUGAGCUGAGGAAGAAUUUGGGAACUUUUGUAUUGUAUUUGGGAUUUAGAGGGAACCUUCAUAGCAUUAAUAGUGGUUGUGUACUCAAAAAAGUAGUGUUGUACACUAGUUGAUUUUUAUGAAAAUUAUAUUACAUUGGAAGAUU